AUGAUUGGGGCGAGGCUGGCCCGCCUGGGCGUGCCGGCCAUCAUACUCGAGAGGAGGGCCCGGCCCGGAGAUUCCUGGCGGCACCGCUACGCCUCACUUGCCACGCACGAUCCCGUGUGGAUGAACCACCUGCCCUACAUUCCGUUCCCCUCCCACUGGCCCACCUACUUCCCCAAGGACAAGCUGGCUGACUGGUUGGAGAUGUACGUCAAGGUGAUGGAGCUCAACUACUGGGGAGGGUCGGCCUGCACGGGCGCAGCAUAUGACGAAGGCGAAGGGGUUUGGAGGGUGACGGUGGACAAGGGCGGGGCGGAGGUGACGCUGCGGCCGCGGCAGCUGGUGCUGGCCACGGGUGUGCACGGGGCGCCAUUCGUGCCGGACUUUCCCGGGGCGGCGUCCUUCAAGGGCCCCCAAGUACAUUCAGGCAACUACAAGGGGGACGAGGAGUGGGAGGGACUCAGGUGUGUCGUCAUCGGCUCCAACAACUCUGCCCACGACAUCUGCCACGACUUGUGGGAGCGCGGCGCCCUGCCCACGAUGAUACAGCGAACGUCCACGCACGUCACAAGGUCCGCCGUCUGGCAGGACAUGUACCUCAAGCCGCUGUACUCCGAGGAGGCCCUGGCGUCGGGCAUGACCACAGACAAGGCGGACAUGAUAUUCGCCUCCAUCCCUUACAGAGUGCACGCCGUCUUGGACGUGCCCACGUACACGGCGAUGGCCAAGCGGGACGCCCCAUUCUACAAGCGCCUCACGGACGUGGGGUUCCUGCUGGACUUUGGCGAGGACGGGUCGGGGCUGUUCAUGAAGUGGCUGCGGCGGGGGGCGGGGUUCUACAUCGACACAGGCGCCUCGGAUCUGAUCAGCAGCGGCGACAUCGGCCUGAAGAGCAGCGUUGGCGUGGACAGCAUCGGCGAAGCUUCCGUGAAGCUGACCGACGGCACCGUCCUCCCCGCUGACGUCAUCGUCUACGCCACGGGCUGGGCCAGCCUCAGCGACUCCCUGGGGAAGAUGACAUCACCGGAAGUUGCUGGGAAGGUGGGCCGGUGCUGGGGCCUGGGGUCCAACACCACCGGGGACCCGGGCCCCUGGGAGGGCGAGCUGCGCAACAUGUACAAGCCCACGGCCCAGCGCGGGCUGUGGAUAUUUGGCGGGAGUUUCAUGCAGUGCAGGUUCUAUUCUCAGUUCCUGGCGCUGCAGGUCAAGGCUCGGAUGGAGGGGCUGCACACGCCGGUGUACGGCGGCCCGGAGGUGGCCACUGCGAAUUGA